UCCAGCGGACAAUCUACAAAGACCUGGUGCUGUUCCUGCAGACGGAGAACUGUCUGUCAGCUGGUCAACUCCGCAGUAAGUUGCAGUCCCUGGAGGUGAGCUUGCGUUACGAUGUGAUUGAAGCUAAUUUCUACAGUGCCCUUUUAGCUGAUGCUCAUGGCUUUGAUGUGUUAGACUUGCACUACCGAUUUCGGUUUGCACUGCACCAUCGAGCAGCUGAUGGCGUUCACUGGAGCCACGUUAUUCAUCGGCAAAUUUCCCAGCUCCUGCUCGAACACAUUGCGUCUGCCUGGGGUGUGGCUCUGCCCCCUGGGAAACCACAAGCCUCAGUCCCAAGGGAGGUACUGUCCCUCCCAGUGUGUCGGUCACAGACCUGGCGAAUGCCCAGUAGUAAUGCUGGUGAAGUGGGCUUCAUCGAUGACUGUCUGGAGUCCAGCUGGGGUCAGCCUUUUCCAGGAUACACCAGCUUCCACAACAUGAACUACAACG